UCUGACGUUCCCGCCCCUCCCACCUGCGCGAGCGAUGCGCCUGAUCCUGCGCGAGUCGUUACAUCUGACGGGCGAAUUUGUUUUUAAAAUUAGCCGCAUAAACAUCAAAAUUUUGAUAUGAUUGCGAUCAAAAUGGCUCACAGAAUCGACGAUGCGCCUUCCUGAGAUCUAAUUAUGACAGAGGAAGCGUUUUAAUCGGCGCGAGGAUCGAUGGAGAGACUUUAAUGUCAGAUUGAACCGCAAAGGUGAAACUCUGAUGAAUAAUGCCUGGGAAGUUAAAGGCGAAGAUUGUUGCCGGGCGGCACCUGCCCGUUAUGGACCGUGCCAGCGAUCUCACAGACGCCUUUGUGGAGGUGAAGUUUGGAAACACAACGUUUAAAACGGAUGUGUACCCCAAAUCCCUGAAUCCUCAGUGGAAUUCAGAGUGGUUCAAAUUUGAGGUGGAUGAUGAGGAUUUGCAGGAUGAGCCGUUGCAGAUAACUGUUCUUGACCAUGACACAUACAGCGCUAAUGAUGCCAUAGGAAAGGUGUACAUCGACAUUGAUCCACUGCUCUGCAGUGAAGCUGCUACUGUCAUCUCUGGCUGGCUCCCCAUCUAUGACACUAUCCAUGGUAUAAGAGGGGAAAUCAAUGUGCUGGUGAAGGUGGAUCUCUUCAAUGACCUGAACCGCUUUAGACAGUCUUCAUGUGGGGUUAAAUUCUUCUGUACAACAUCCAUUCCCCGAUGUUACCGGGCCGUUAUGGUACAUGGAUUUGUGGAAGAGCUUGUGGUAAAUGAGGAUCCAGAGUACCAGUGGAUCGACCGUAUCAGAACUCCUCGAGCUUCCAAUGAGGCCAGACAGAGACUCAUCUUUCUCAUGUCAGGUGAAUUGCAGAGGAAGAUUGGUCUGAAGGUGCUGGAGAUGGGAGGCAAUGCAGUGGUGGGGUACCUACAGUGUUUUGACCUGGAGGGAGAAACAGGCCUUGUGGUUCGUGCCAUCGGGACAGCCUGCACACUUGAGAAAAUCAGCACACUCCCUGCCACAGCCACACAUCCCAGCAACUCCUCUCCUUCAAAAGACAUGAAAGACUCUCCGCAGGCUGCUCCUUCCACUCUUGGAUGUCGUUCCACACACAGCAGUCCAGUUCACAGUGCGAGCAGUCGUCUUUCUCAGGGCUUCUCCGUUUCCGUGCCAACACUGCUGUUCGCCGGUAUGAAACCCAGACACAGGAGCUCAGAAGCCCCCAGAGCCAGGCAGUGUAGGCCAGGGUUUGGGGAGGAGGCCCCAGGCGUUCCGUUAUCCUCAGGACCCCCCACCCCUCUGAGAGCACAAACCUUCUCCUCCUUCUCCCCCUCCAAGUCCUACAGUCGCCAGUCCUCCUCCUCUGACACCGAACUCAGCCUAACCCCCAAAACCGGAAUGGGAAGUGGCGGCAGUGCAGGGAAGGAGGCGGGGCCUCUUAAAGCUCUUCUGAGGCAGCAGACCCAAUCAGCACUGGAGCAGAGAGAAUACCCUUUCUUCACGUUGACCGCCUUCCCUCCUGGAUUUCUCCUUCAUGUGGGAGGCGUGGUCAGUGCGCGCUCAGUAAAGCUUCUGGAUCGAAUCCACAACCCAGAUGAGCCGGAGACACGCGAUGCGUGGUGGGAGGAGAUCCGUCAGGAAAUAAAGUCUCAUGCCAAAGCUCUUGGCUGCCACGCUGUGGUGGGGUACAGCGAGUCCACCAGCAUCUGUGAGGAGGUGUGUAUUCUAUCUGCGUCAGGCACCGCAGCGAUCCUUAGCUCCCGGUUCAUGCAGGACGGCUCGCUGGACACCGAACACAGGUUGUCACGGCAACCACUUUGUGUCUUUUCUACAGGGUCAGAGAGGGUCGAGGGGGAUAUGGGUAGUUCAGCCUCGCUAGGAUUUGAGGAGGUGGUGCCCCCUGGCUGUGGGUUUUGUCACAUACCAUACGAUGAGUUGAAUAUACCGUUUCCUGCUCAGCUCACCUAUUGCUACUGCUGUCGCCGCUACAAAGUGCCCGACGUCCUCUUCACCACAAUCGACUUGCCUACUGAAGCCAAUGUCACCGGGAAGGGCUGCCUGAUUCAAGCCAGGCUGUGCCGGACUAAAAAGAAGGCGCAAGGAGAAGGGAACGCCACGGCCAUUAGCAAUCUUCUGCCAUUUUUAGAGUAUGAACUCCACACACAGCUGAUGAACAAAUUGAAGCUACGAGGCAUGAACGCUUUGUUUGGUCUACGUAUCCAAAUAAGCGUUGGAGAGACCAUGCUGCUAGGAUUAGCGUCUGCAACAGGAGUUUAUCUGACAGCUUUACCCAGUCCUGGAGGAAUCCAGGUUGCUGGAAAAACUCCCAGUGACAUCACAUACGAACAGCAUAUCUCCAAUAUGCAGAAGAAAAUCAAUGAUACCAUUUCUAAAAACAAAGAACUGCAUGAAAUCAACCCUCCUGAGGUUGUCGAAGAGAUCAUUGGUUCGCCGAUCCCUGAGCCCCGUCAGAGGUCUCGUCUCUUUCGUUCUCAUUCAGAGAGUUCAGAUGAGGUUUCAGAACUAGACCUAUCCCAUGGGAAGAAGGAUGCCUUUGUAUUGGAGAUUGAUGACACGGACGCUGUGGAAGAUAUACAUGCUCUUCUGACUGAUUCCCCCACCCCAGCAGGAUUCUACAGCUGCAACACUGAAAUAAUGCCUGGGAUUCAGAACUGGACUUCAGCUAUACAGAUGUUUACCUCUGUGAGGGUCUUCCGCCUUAACGCCAACUUAACCAAUCAGGGACUGAAUAAGAUUUUCAGUGACCUCUGUGAGAAUCUGCUGAAGAGUUUGUACUUCAAACUGCGCUCGAUGGUCCCCUGUUGUCUUUGUCACUUGAACUUCACCGUAGCCAUUCCUGAAGAUGAGCUCAUUCAGGUGGCUGUGACAGCUGUGGCAAUGAGCUUUGACAAAGAGCAAUCUUUGGAGAAUGGCAAACAAAGUGGGGAAAAGACACUGAUAAAGGCCAUAACAGAAAAUGAUGAGCAGCUUCAGUUCAAUCUAGAGCUCAAUGCUGAAACUUCUUCUCCCAAUCCUCUCAGCUCACCCAAAGGUCUAUCAGAGGUUGGCAGCCAUCCGUCGGCCAGAGCCCCCUCAGUUGAUUACAGUUCCUUUGCAGACAGAUGCAGCUCCUGGAUAGAGCAGCUUAAACUGAAAGCUCACACCAUAAGACGCGGAUCGGUUAAAACAAUGUGAAAGUUGAGGUUGAGUCCUAGUGAGGAGCCAAGAUGAAGACUAUCAUUCUUUCAGUUGUGCCUCAGUGAUUUCAUCUUUGAGCUUGCUGAUGUGAUGAGUAUAAACAAAGCACAGACCCACUGUGUCAUGGGCCCAUGCAGAGUCGCAUAUGAUGCAUUGAUGCAUCAUAAGUAUGGCUAUACAGGUUGUAUUGUCCAGGGUUGGGCGUUAUAGCUAAAAAAAAAAAACAGUUUUUUUCCACACAGUUUUUUACUAAAUGAGCACAAAAAUGAUUAAGAAACUUCUAUGAACCAUUCUCUUGCAUCUCUGGAAAACCUGGAAAUUGCAAACUCCAAAAGCGUGAUUUCCUGGUCCUGAAACAUUACAGAAAUUUGUAGAAUUUUAAUAUUAAAUAAUACUAACAUUCUUAAAAUUUAAUUAAUAGUAAAAAAAAAAAUAAUUAAAUAAAAAUUAUUGUUGUUAUUAUUAAAUAUGAAUAUUUAUAUCAUUUAAUUGAAAAAAAAGGAAAUCGCAAUGAUGUAGUAAUGAAAAAUUCUAAAUUUGUCCAGUUAUACUAUUAUUAUUAUUAACAUUUUAUGAGUAGUAAUACAAAUGAUUGUUAUAUUUUUAAUAUUAAAAUUUUUAUAUUAUGUUAUGCUCCAUUGUGUAUUUUUUUUGGAGUAAAAUUUACUUUUUGUGAGUAAUGUUUAUAAAAUACUAUUAAUGGCUUUAGUUUAACAACUUUAGUUUUAGUUAUGGAAAAGUUAUGGACGUUCAUUGCUCAGUAAGUGUGGAAACCCUGAUAACACGUAGGAAUAAACAGCAGUUUUUGUGUACAUAUUGUUUUUACUGAAACAUGAAAAAUGACAAAUGGAGACUUCUAAAUGUUUUUAAAUCAACUUUUUGAAUUUUAAAUCAGUUCUUUUGAAAAGGGCUUGGACUAAUGCAUGUUUCAUGUAAAUAAAUGUAACGAAACUGAUUCUAAUGUUCAAAUCACGAUAUUGCUUUCAUAAAAUCAUUGCAGUAUUCACUGUGUUGCUUUACUGUAUGCCGUCAACAAAAUAAUCACAGUAAAAUUGUAUAUAUCGCCCAGCCCUAAUUGAGUCCACUGACCGAUAGUUAGAGCUAUGUUUGGGAGCUGCAUGCGCAUUAGUGCUCUGUGUAAUAAUUGUGAUGCUGCAUCACUCAUGAAUGAUGUUUUACAGCUUUGAGAUUUUGAGCUCUUUCACACUCUUGAUGGAAAAAGUGUCCUCCCUCCUCAAAGCUCAUCAUCCUCUGAUUUAUCAAGGCUGACUGAACAUGCGUGCAUUCAUUCUUUCUUUCCUCCUCUGUCUCUGUAUUUGCAUGCUGUUUAUUUGCAUGGUGCAGUGCUGUUGCUUUGCUUUGAUCACAUGCUGCUGAUCUGCAACACAAAUACACACAUCGUUUUUCCUCGGUCACACUAUGUUUGUCUCGUCACAUCCGUUUGUCUUGUACAGCGCCCUCUGAAGGCAAUGUCUGGUAUCUUCCCACCCCCCCCUCUUUCUUUUCUCUCUUCUCUUUCUCUCUACCCCUCGCUCUCUCUCGCUCUCCUACU